GACAUCGUGUGUUCGACAUGUCUUUGUUUGCGCAGCUUUAUGCUGCAAGAUGGAUGUUAGGUUUGAUUGCUCUGGCGGCCUACGCAGCGAGGGCCUAUUUGGGCUAUCGGCGGCUUCGAGCUUUCGCUGGUCCACCUACCACGGGGUGGUCCGAACUGAUACACAUCCGUGCGUUCCUGGGGCGACGUUCCCAUCUCUGGUACAGAGAGGUGGGCGAACGCUAUGGCCCCAUCGCCCGAGUCGGCCCCAACGACUUAAUCACAUCCUCGCCAGACCUGCUGGCGCAUAUGAAUGCGGUGCGCUCGCCAUACACUCGAUCAACAUGGUUCAACGCUGCGACGCGCACAGAGGUUGGCAGAGACCAUGUCUUCAGUCAGAUUGAUGAGGCUCAGCACACCAAGCGGCGUCAGCAGAUGGCUUCAGGUUACUCUGGGAAAGAAAACCUCUCCCUGGAAUCAGAUAUCGAUGAGCAUGUACAGCAGCUUCUCGACCUGAUCAGAUCAAAAUAUCUUUCCACCACCACGCGUUACACGCCCAUGGAUCUUGGAAGCAAAAUUCAGUACUUCACCCUUGAUGUCAUUAGCAAGAUCGGCUUUGGUAAAGCGUUCGGAGACCUCAAGGCCGAUGCUGAUGUUGAUAACUACAUUAGCUCCGGAAGAGACGGACUGUCGAUUAUAAUUGUGGUCGCUGGCCUUGGUUUGACGCCUUAUCUCCACUGGCCACCUAUUGCACGUAUUUUUGGGCCCUCAGAGAAGGAUGCAACUGGUUUUGGGAAGAUGAUGGCUGUAGCUCGGGGUCUUAUCGACUCACGUCUUGAGAAGCCGACGAGUGGUCGCUCGGACAUGCUUGCUUCGUUUAUACGCCACGGUUUGAAUCGAGACGAUCUACUCACCGAAUCAAUGCUCCAGAUCUUGGCAGGUUCGGAUACCACAGCGACUGCUAUCCGCGCGACGAUGCUCUAUCUGAUGACACAUCAUAGGGUAUAUAAGAUCCUUCAGGCUGAGAUCGACGCUACUGUCGCCUCAAGUCAGGCUAGCACUACUUUCGAUAUUGUUUCCGAUGAGACGUUGAAGGGUUUACCAUAUCUGCAGGCUGUUGUUCGCGAAGGGCUUCGUAUGCACCCGCCCAUCACCGAUGUUGUCCCAAAGAAGGUUCCCGUCGGAGGGGACAAAUUCGUCAUUGACGGCAAAGAAUAUUUCUUCCCUGGCGGGACGAACAUCAGCUACAACGCAUGGGGCUUGCACCAUGACAAGAAGAUCUUCGGCGAAGAUGCUGACUGCUUCAGACCAGAACGCUGGUUACUCGAUGACCAUGAUGAUACCCACCGCGGAAGUCUGAACGCCAUGAUCCGGACCUCAGAGAUGGUUUUCGGCUAUGGCAAAUACCAGUGUCUCGGUAAGCCCAUCGCAUGGCUGGAGAUUAGGAAAGCCAUCUUCGAGUUUCUGCGACAUUUCGACUGGUCUCUUGCGGACUCUGAGAAGCCUUGGAGAUCAUUAAACUACGGUGGUAUCUUUCUGCAGGACCAGAUGAAUGUCCUCGUCACUGAGAGGAAAUCCAGCUUGAGAUGAAUGCAGUUGUGUGACGGACGUCAAUCAUUCGAUAGACUACAGGUUUGGAAGUCUUCUAGGCAAUAUCUCGGGCUUUGCAACGAUCUUUUCACAAAAAGAAGCGCACGUGGUAUAUUCCAAGAUCCCGGAUAAAUGACGUGUGGACGGUGCGUUAUGCAACGGCACACCGCGAGGCUUGCGGGGUAAUGUGGAGCGAAUGUCUACCCCGGAUUAAUUUGCAUCAACCGAAUUGCAUCACAUCGCCGGCUAAUAUGGCACGUCACCGUUUACUUGACUCUGUUACCAAGCUUCUCAAUUCACCGUGAAGCAGCCGCAGGGCUGGCACAGACAGGCUUAAAAUGCUGCCAGUCCAGUUUUAUGCUCCAUGCCCAGGCGACCAAGCAUCGAUUCAACGUUGCCAAGAACACAAGCAUGCUUAGAGCCGCGCUGGUCGGUAAACGAAUGCCGGAUAGGUAAAUGGCGAUGUAGCUAUGCUCCCCAUUGGUGGAUGUUCAGGAACG